AUGCCUCCUAACGUCCAGGUUGCGUCUCUAGCGGCCGGGUCCGUCGCCUUGUUCCUAGCUGGCGUGGACAGUAUCCCUGCUAUCAAAAGUAUCGUCGAUCGGAUCGCGCGCAGAUCAUCUCACCAAGAUGAAGCCACUUUAGCCAAGACCGCCUAUCGCGAUGAGGAUGGUGAAGCGACGCCGGAAUCUCUAAAGGCGUUUUCAGAUCUGUGGCAACGAGUCGCGAUUGCGGUUUUCUCCGCCACUGGAUUUCUCGUUACGCUCGGGUUGGCCGUUCUCACUACGCUGGAAUAUGAAACAGACUAUAUGGUUCUAGCCUGGCUUCAACUUGGGAUUUGGGCCUUCCUUUCUGUUCAAGCUAUUGCGUUCUUCACUGAGCCUCGUCCAACGAGUCGAUUCGUCUUGGGUCAAUUUGCUUUCGGUGGUAGUCUAACUGCUCUUGCGAUCACCGGUAUUCAAAUUCGACUAGCCUGGGACUCCCAAAAUGCUAUGCUACGCGAGCAGCCAUGGAUUACCCUCGUCGCAGCGCAGCUUGCCAGUGGGCUUCUACGUGCACUAUUCACCAUUCUUCUCCCGCGCCGACCCGACGUCUUCUCCGACGGGAAAAUCGUCGAUAGAGAACUAACUGUGACUGCUUUUGGCCGUUAUACCUUUUCCUGGGCAGGAAACAUUCUCGGCUAUGCUGUCAAGAACCGAACACUAGCACUUAGCGAUUUACCCAAGCUCCGGGCGGCAAAGCGGGCAGAGAGCCUUCGCACCCAUUUUGAACGGGCUAAACGAGGACGCAAGAUUUGGAAGGCUCUCGUUUUCGCGCACUGGGACUCACUGCUGUUCCAGCUUUUCCUGACCACGGUUAUUAGUAUCCUGAGCUUUGGACCGCAACUGGCCCUCUUUCACAUUCUUAGUUCACUGGAGACUCGUGGAACUGACGCAUUUAAUCUGGCUCAAACAAUUGCUUGGGUUCUUGCGCUUGGAGGCUUGAUGUUGCUUCAUUCCACUUUUGAGGCGUGGCUAUUCUGGGUUGUCUGUUCCAAGCUCUUUAUCCCGAUCUACGCAGAGCUCUCAGCUGUUGUUUUUGCGAAGUCGAUGCGCCGAAAAGAUGCAAAGAACGCGAAAGGGACUAAAGCCAAGGAUGAUCCAGAAGCAUCUGCAAAGGCGUUACUGAAGGAACAAGAUGGAGAUGAAGAGGAAGACGAUGAAGCCUCGCUCAAGAAGAGCCGACAGAGCAUUAUUAACCUUGCAGCAGUUGAUGCGAGACGUAUCUCAGACUUUACUGCUUACGCUUAUUUGAUCCCUUUCGCCAGUCUGAAGGUGAUCAUUGGCUGCAGUUUCCUGGUCAAGAUCCUCGGAUGGCGCAGUGCUCUUGCUGGAAUCGCUGUGUCACUGCUCGUCACUCCACUCAACAUCUUUGCGGCGAAGAAAUAUACCAGCGCGCAGGACAAGCUCAUGAAGCUUCGAGACCAGAAAAUGGCCAUCGUCACCGAGGUACUCCAGGGAAUCCGUCAAAUCAAAUUCUCGGCCUUGGAGGAACAAUGGCAAAAGAAGAUUGGCCAGGCGCGAGAUGCAGAGCUUGGAGCCUUGUGGAUCUCGUUCCUCUAUGAUACCGUCCUCUUGGGAAUCUGGAUUCUGGGUCCUAUCGGUCUUUCCGCUAUCUCGCUCGCCACUUAUGCCCUGAUUCAUGGUGGAUUAACUGCCUCUGUCGCUUUCACUGCGAUGGCCGUCUUUGGUGCCCUGGAGAUGUCUCUGGCUAUCUUGCCUGAAAUCAUUUCCAAUGGUCUAGAGGCCAAGGUCAGCGCAGACCGUAUUGAUGUGUACAUGGAUUCAGCAGAGAAGAUUGUCAACACCGUCCCGUCUGAUAGCAUUGCUUUCGAAGAUGUCUCUGUGGGUUGGCCCGCGGAUAAGGCAGAUGACGACGAAGAAGAGGACGAAGAUCGCUUCCUCCUGCGAGACUUGAAUCUGGCUUUCCCCAAGAAGGGUCUCAGUGUGAUCUCCGGACGGACUGGAUCUGGAAAGAGUUUGCUUCUUGCGUCUAUUCUGGGUGAGUGUGAUGUCCUCCAGGGAACCAUCAAAGUGCCUGUUCCACCCCCUAUUAAAGAACGCUUCGACCACCUCGCCACGAGCGCAAAUUGGAAUAUCGACUCCGCUAUUGCAUAUGUUGCGCAAAGUCCCUGGAUUGAGAACGCUACAAUCAAGGACAAUAUUCUGUUCGGUCUGCCUUACAAUGAGGAGCGUUAUCGAAAGACCCUCUUCGCAUGUGCCCUACAGAAGGAUCUUGAGAUGAUGCCCGAUGGUGAACUAACGGAUAUCGGUGCAAACGGCGUCAACCUCAGUGGUGGUCAGCGGUGGCGAGUAUCAUUCGCCCGUGCAUUGUACUCAAGAGCAGGCAUCCUGGUGAUGGAUGACAUUUUCAGCGCUCUGGAUGCGCACACUGGUCGCCACGUCUUCGAAAACGCUCUGACGGGCGAGCUCGGUCAAGGCCGGACUCGAGUCCUCGUCACUCAUCACGUCGCACUGUGUCUCCCAAGGACCGACUACUCUGUGCUUCUGGAAAAUGGAUGCGUCAAGUACGCGGGAACCAUUGAUGAUCUCCGUAAGGAGAACCACUUGAACGAUAUCCUCCAGGAAGAGAGUGAAGCGACAGAGCAAGACCAAAUUGAGCCCACCGAGGAAUCUGCGGCACUUAACCCCGAGGAGACUACCCUUCAGAAAGUGAUCUCUAACACAUCACGUCGCCGACCAAGUCACUCACAGAAUGACACUGCGGCGAAGCCUGCACCGCCUAAGAAGUUUAUUGAGGAUGAGCAACGAGAAGUUGGCUCCGUCCGGCUUUCGGUUUAUGCUAGUUACUUCUCUAUGGGUGGCCAUAUUGUUCUCUGGCUUAUUACGAUAGCGGUGUAUCUCAGCUAUUCCAGUUUGAUGAUCGGGCGGUCUUGGUGGAUCAAUGUCUGGACUGGCUCAUCAUCCAGCACGAAAGUGAAUCCCGAACAAUACUCCGCCUUGUUACAACAUACCAUGUCGCCUGUGCGAUCAGCUACAGAGGACGACAACUUGCAAUAUUAUCUCGGUGUUUACAUUGGAAUCUCCGUUCUCGCCUGUAUCAUUGGAACGGCUCGUUUCUAUUUCAUUCUCUCUGCAAGCGUGCGCGCAUCGAGAAGUCUUUUCAACCGCCUCACAUAUGCUAUCCUACGUGCGCCACUACGCUGGCUGGAUACUGUCCCUCUCGGACGUAUCCUAAACCGUUUCACAUCUGAUUUCCACAUGAUCGACUCGCGAAUCGGCUAUGAGCUUGGCUUCUUCUGUUCGCAGGUAUUGGAAGUCUGCGGUAUCUUGGUCGCUGGAGUGCUUGUCUCUCCUUUGGUUCUCGUUCUAGCGGGUAUCCUAUUUGUGAUCUGCAUGAAGCUCUCCAUGACCUACCUGGCAGGUGCACGAGAAAUCAAGCGUCUGGAGAGUACCGCGAAGAGUCCCGUUUUCGAACAAUUCGGAUCCAGCCUGGCUGGUCUGGUUACGAUUCGCGCUUUCAGCAAGAGCGAAACUUUCAUCGAGAUCAUCUACGGAAAAAUCAACGCCCAUGCUCAAGCAUGGUGGACGAUGUGGCUCUUCAAUCGCUGGCUGGGCAUUCGCAUGAAUCUUGUGGGCGCGGUGUUUUCAACCCUGACGGCUGCUCUUGUGGUUUCUUUGCCUGGCAUUUCGGCCUCGCUUGCUGGAUUCGCGCUUAGCUUUGCAUUGCAAUGCAACACUGCCAUUGCUUUCGUUCUACGACAGUAUGCUAACAUUGAGCUCAACAUGAAUGCUACGGAGCGUGUCAUUGAAUAUUCCAAGAUCGAGCUCGAGAACCAGGGAGGUGUUGAUGCACCCGCUGCUUGGCCUACUGAGGGUCGCUUGGAAGUCAAUGACCUUGUCGUUGGCUAUGCACCUGAACUGCCACCAAUUCUCAAGGGACUCAGCUUCACAGUCGAGAAGAAUCAGCGUGUCGGCGUUGUGGGCCGUACAGGAGCGGGCAAGUCGUCCUUGACUCUUGCUUUGUUCCGGUUCCUGGAAGCCCGAGAGGGUCAAAUUCUCAUCGACGGCCUGGAUGUCUCAAAGAUCAAACUUCACGAUCUCCGAAGCCGUCUUGCCAUUAUCCCCCAAGAUCCCGUCCUCUUCUCUGGUACUGUCAGGUCCAACCUCGAUCCCUUCGACGAGUAUGGUGACACUGAACUAAAGGACGCCCUGGCUCGUGUGCACCUUAUCUCUGCUGCCGUCGAGGACGAUGAGGCAACACUGACCUCUCAAGCCGCGACACCCGCGCAGUCCAGCGUCAACGGUGCAACUACGCCUGACACAGCGACCACACAGCGAGCUAACACAAACAUCUUCACCUCCCUAUCUGCUCCUAUCUCAGAGGGUGGUCUGAACCUCUCCCAGGGUCAACGGCAACUUCUCUGCCUCGCCCGUGCAAUCGUCGCUCGACCCAAGAUCAUGGUCCUGGACGAGGCCACCUCUGCAGUGGACAUGGAGACCGACACGCUCAUCCAGCAGUCUAUCCGUGCGGAAUUCGGUCGUAACGCGACUACUCUGCUGGUCAUUGCUCAUCGCCUGAGCACUAUUGCUGACUUUGACCGGAUCUUGGUCAUGGAUGCAGGCAAGGCGGUUGAGUUUGGGUCUCCGAAGGAUCUAAUGGGGAUUGAGAAUGGGGUGUUCAAAAAUUUGGUGGAUAACAGUGGAGAGAAGGCUGUUUUGGAGAAAAUGAUUUUCGGUGAGCAGUAA